ACUAAAGAUGGCGACCUGAGGUUAAGUUAUAGUUGGAAAUAGUUAAGUUUGACUUUUUCUCUCACACAUUUCGUGCCAUCCAUUCAUACAGUAAAGUGUAUGAAUCAAUUAUUUAUUAUUUAUUGUACUGGGAAGUUUGUCAAUUAACCGCAGAUGUAAAUACAGAGCUUGGAUUUUUCUGAAGAAACGCCCCCUUAGUGGACUUGUGAUGCUGCCUGUGGCAAAACUGAGUAGGCUACUUAGAAGUGCGCUUGGUGGAGACCGACAUUGAAGAAGCCAUCUUUAUAUUAUGAUUCUAUAUUAAUAAAAAAAUAACAUUUAUGAUAAUGCAAUACACAAAAAAUAGUGUGCAGAAACUUUAGCACACAUUGUAAUGAUACAAUAAAUAUUUGUGUUUUGCGGAUUUAUUAAUUGCAUAGAAAUGUACUCUUUAUUCUGGGUCUUUUUAUGUUUCUAUUAUGUUUGUAGAAAUUUGAGUUUGUUUACAAGUGAUUGGAAUACAUUCAAUUAAAGCUAAUUAUUUUUCAUUUACAACAACUCAAGCAAUAAUAAAAAAAAGGGGAAAGUUACAUCUCAUUUCUGCAUAGGAUAAUCAAAUAUAGGCUCUAUAACUGUUAUGAAAGUUUUUUUUACUGCAGAUCAAAGUGAAAUCCAAAGGAUUAUCAAGAUACAGACCUUCAGUUUCAGCAAUGAUCUAUCAGCAGCACCAUACGAAAAUAUAGCCACAGUGGGUCAUGUGAUGAUAAUAAGCAGAACUUCAGAACACCAUCAUUCACAGCAUGUAACAGUGACCAGCUUUUUCCUAGUGUCCUAUACCAACAACAUCACAGCUUUAAGCCCUUUCCUGGUCCCUCAAGACCACCUGGGACACCAUGGUGUAUUUAUGACCAUGGCUGCCUUUACAUUCUUCCUUUUCAUUGGAGGGACAACGAUCAACCUGCUUACCAUUUUGUGCACAAUUAAAUUCAAGAAACUUAGAUCUCACCUUAACUAUAUUCUUGUGAACCUUUCCAUUGCCAAUCUCUUGGUAUCGUUUUUUGGCUCUUCAUUAGCGUGCUACUCCUUCUUCAACAAGUACUUCAUCCUUGGGUCGACAGGAUGUAAAAUCGAAGGCUUUGCAUCAACACUCGGAGGAAUGGUGGGUUUGUGGUCUUUGUCUGUGGUGGCGUUUGAAAGGUGGCUGGUUAUCUGCAAACCCCUUGGUAACUUUUCCUUCAAGACCCAGCAUGCCAUUGUUGGUUGUGUCAUUCCUUGGAUUUUCGGAAACAUGGCUGCUCUCCCUCCACUAUUCGGCUGGAGCCGGUACAUACCUGAAGGCUUCCAAUGCUCUUGUGGUCCUGAUUGGUACACGACAGACAACAAAUACAACAAUGAAUCCUACGUCGCAUUUUUGUUCUGCUUUUGCUUUGCCGUUCCUUUUGGCACCAUUGUGUUCUGUUACGGUCAGCUACUCAUCACACUCAAAUCUGCGGCCAAAGCUCAAGCAGAUUCAGCUUCAACCCAGAAGGCCGAACGGGAGGUGACAAAGAUGGUGGUGGUGAUGGUGUUUGGCUUCUUGGUAUGCUGGGGACCAUAUGCAAGCUUUGCUGUGUGGGUAGUUUAUAACCGUGGUGCACCUUUUGACCUGAGACUGGCGACCAUUCCGUCUUGCCUCUCUAAAGCCUCUACGGUGUACAAUCCUGUCAUCUAUGUCUUGAUGAAUAAACAGUUCCGUGCAUGUAUGAUGAAGAUGGUCUUUGGCAAGAGUGUGGACGAAGAUGAAGCGUCAUCUCAAGUCACCCAGGUCUCCUCUGUUGCACCAGAGAAAUAAACCCAUUCUCAAUGUAACCUCAUCCUGCAGACAAAAAUAUUUUUGGAAUGAUUGUAAAUAAUAAACAAAGCUUAUAGGAAUUUUUGCUUUAAUGUCAA